GGAGAUCUGAGGCCAGGAGGUCCGUAGCACGUCAUGGAUCCGAGCGAGGACUUUCUGAAGUCCGAAAAUGGCUUUGGCGACAGUUCACAGAUGCAGGGCGACUUCGGCAGCCCCUCUCAGUACGACACCUUCGACUUCGCCGCGUCGACAGCCCCGCCCGCCCAGCCGCCCGCCGACUCGGCCGCAGCCACCACCGGCGGCAUGAGGGCAUUCGACAUGCCCGCCGAUAACGGGUAUGCGCCGCCUGCGCCGGCAGCCGUGCCCCUCGACAUGGGCGGAGGCGGUGCCGGUGGUGCUGCUGGUGGUGGUGCGUCGGAUGGUGUGAUAGAGGGCGGCGGCAUGGGAGGGGGCCCGGCGUACAUUCCUGAGGUCAACCCGCUCACCGAGUGGGAGGAGAAGCACAACGCCGAGCUCGACGACAAGAACCGACAGGUGAGGGAGAGAGGGAGGGAGGGAGAGAGGGAGGGAGGGAGGGUGCAAGCGAAAGUCAUGACACACAAAGGAUGAACACGUGUGUGUCUGUGUGUGUUGUACAUAUACGUGUGUGUGUGUGUGUGAUGCCCUCCCUUCCCUCCAGGAGGAUGAGGCCAAGAAGCAGGCGCGAGCCAAGGCGCAGGAGGACAUCAAGAAGUGGUACGAGGAGUACAAGCUGAGCGUCGCCAAGCGCAAGGAGCAGAACCAGCUCGAGGAGAAGGAGGCCAUGGCCGCCAGGGAGACUGACCUCACGCGAGACAACGCCUGGGAGCGGGUCUGCACCAUGGUCGACCUCAACAAAGAGUCGCAGCGGGACACCUCACGGAUGAAGCAGACUUUCAUCCAACUCAAGAACAACCCACUGCCGAGUGCCUCGUAGGCAGGGAGGGAGAGAGAAAGAGAGAGGGGGACAGGAAGGCGUCCACAUAGAUUUUGGGGUGGCCGGG